UCUCUCCUGCUCCUGCUCUAAGUUUGAAGUUGCUGCCAUGGAGGACUACCACAAGCCCGACCAGCAGACGGUGCAGGCACUCAGGAACAUCGCCAACCGCCUCCGCAUCAACUCCAUCAAGGCCACCACCGCCGCCGGCAGCGGGUACCCCACAUCAUGCUGCAGCGCGGCCGAGAUCAUGUCUGUGCUCUUCUUCCAUACCAUGAAGUACCGCGCAGAAGACCCCAAAAACCCCAACAAUGACCGCUUCAUCCUCUCCAAGGGCCAUGCUGCUCCCGCGCUCUACUCCAUGUGGGCGGAGACUGGCUUCCUGAAGGAGAGUGAGCUCAUGAGCCUGUGCCAAGUGGACUCCACACUGGAGGGACACCCCACUCCUGUACUGUUAUUUCAGAAGCAGCCAUUUGUGGACGUGGCCACCGGAUCGCUGGGCCAGGGCCUGGGAGUGGCCUGUGGUAUGGCCUACACCGGGAAGUACUUCGACAAGUCCAGCUACCGCGUGUUCUGCCUGAUGGGGGAUGGGGAGAUGUCGGAGGGGGCGGUGUGGGAGGCCAUGUCCUUCGCCUCCUACUACCAGCUGGACAACCUGGUGGCCAUCAUGGACGUGAACCGGCUGGGCCAGAGCGAGCCCGUCCCCCUGCAGCACCACAUGGAGAAGUACCAGAAACGCUGUGAAGCCUUCGGGUGGCACGCCAUCAUUGUGGAUGGCCACAGUGUGGAGGAGCUGUGUAAGGCCCUGUCCCAGCCCAGACACCAGCCCAUCGCCAUCAUCGCCAAGACCAUCAAGGGCAAGGGCAUCCCAGUUGCUGAGGAUAAGAUGGGCUGGCACGCCAAGCCGCUGCCCAAGGACAUGGCGGAGGGGGUUCUGCGGGAGCUGCAGAGCCGCAUCCAGAACAGCAGCAAGCGCCUUUACCCCUCCAUGCCAGCAGAGGACGCUCCUCCCGUCAGCCUGCGCAACGCACGCAUGGCCAGCAGCCCCACCUACAAGCCCGGGGAGAAGAUGUCCACCAGGAAGGCCUACGGCAUGGCUAUUGCCAAACUGGGCCGCUACAACGAGCGUGUGGUGGCUCUGGACGGAGACACCAAGAACCUGACCUACUCUGAGAUCUUCAAGAACGAGCACCCCAACCGCUUCAUCGAGUGCUACAUCGCCCAGCAGAACAUGGUGAGCGUUGCCAUGGGCUGUGCAUCGCGUGAGCGGAACAUCGUGUUUGCGAGCACGCUGUCCUCCUUCUUCACGCGUGCCUACGAUCAGCUCCGCAUGGCCGCCAUCUCCGAGAGCAACAUCAACCUGUGCGGCUCCCACUGCGGCCUCUCUAUUGGUGAGGACGGGCCGUCCCAGAUGGGUCUGGAGGACAUGGCCAUGUUCAGGUCCAUCCCCAGCUGCACACUCUUCUACCCCUGCGAUGGGGUCUCCACCGAGAAGGCUGUCGAACUGUGCGCCAACACCAAGGGCGUGUGUUACGUGAGGACCAGCGCACCAGAGACCUCCGUCCUCUACCAAGGCAAUGAGGAAUUCCAUAUUGGACAGGCCAAGGUGGUGUGUAAGAGUAACGAGGACCAGGUGACCGUGGUGGCAGCAGGUGUCACCCUGCACGAGGCCAUCGCAGCUGCAGAGUACCUGAAGAAAGAGCGUAUCUACAUCACUGUGAUCGACCCCUUCACCAUCAAGCCUCUGGAUUCCAAGACCAUCAUCGAACACACCCGCGCCACCAGGGGGCGCCUCAUCACAGUGGAGGACCACUACUACGAGGGUGGCCUGGGGGAGGCAGUGUGCUCUGCAGUGGUGAAUGAGCCUGGCUUCCAGCUGCACCGCAUGGCCGUGUCUCAUGUGCCCCGCAGCGGCAAGCACUCCGAGCUGCUGAAGGCUUACGGCAUCGACCGUGACGCCAUCGCCCAGGCCGUCCGCAAGAUGCUCAGCUCCUCAGCCAACGCCAAGUAACCGCCCAGCCUGCCACGCCCGCCCAGAACACACCCGGACCACAAGCCCCACCCACAUUGCCCCUUCUAUGCCCCUCCCCCUCUGUGCUAGACCAGGGACAGGGUUUCAUGAUAUCAGAUGAUAAAAACAGUGGUGUUAGUCCAUAACUCAAAAAGUAAAAACCCUGCCACAAAUUUGAUCCAACCAGCUCUGCACAAACUGAUUGUAACGGGUACUACACUGUAAUACAGGACAAUACAGGAAGAUCAGGGAAGUCACCAGUGUUAGAAGGAAAACAUAGCAGGGUAUUUACUUUCUGAGCCUGAGACAGACACCACUGGAUAAAAAAUUAUGUUUUUUUGGUUUGUUUGUACUCCCCUCAGUAUCUCCCUCACUGUGAACGCCAGCCUCCGUGUGAGUCCAGUUGUAAUGUGAGUGAUGUUAUGUACAUUUUGAAGUAUCCGCCCCGAGGAUUGUCCUUUUCUUUCUUCCAACCCCACAAUGUGUGUAGUCACAAACAGACAUGUACUGUAUACGUCCAGGACAACAUCCCAAUAUGUUAGCAGAUGACUUUUUGUUUUGUUUACAUGCACUGAAACCCUCAUACAUUCAAACACAUGAGAGUGUAUACUCGCCCACUCACACACACACACAGACACACACACACACACACAGACACACACCUUACUUCCUCACUGUGGUCAGUUACCAAAUUACCAAGUCAGCUGUUUGUGUACCAUGUGAUGUGUUUUUUGCAUAAACCAGGAAAGUUCUCGUUCUGACUCAACAAAAAAACGUACUGUUUGCAAACGUUAUAUUUUACUAUUUUUUAUAUUGUUCUGAUGUAGCUAGGAAGUACGGGGCAGGGGGCAUAUACCCCACCAUGGUCAGAGGACAGGGGUAAAGGCGUAUAGGUGACAGAAAACAACUGUCGUAGUAGUAACCGUAUCAUGAUUAUAGUGUGAAUUCCAGUAGAUGUUAGUAGGAAAAUGUAAAUGUACGUGAGGCAUUGAUAAAAAAAUAAAUAAAUAGGCAUCGGUCCAGUUUCGACCCCUGCCCUGACCCCCUGGGGUACACUCACCAGCCGCAGGGCGACCCCUAGUGGUGGGCAGAUGAUUGACAGAAAAGAUUGUGAGGUUGUUACUAAGGUGAGGGAGAACACACAGAAACACAGACACAGUGGCCGAGUCCAAAACCAUUCACUCGCUCACUAGUACUACCAUAUGAAGUGUACUACUAGAUGGGGAGUGAGUUAGAUUGUUUUGUACCCCAAGUAGUGCAGUCAUCUAGUGAGUGAGUGAACAAUUUGGACUCUCAGCCUCUGUGAGAGGUCACACGUGAGGGACCAGACUUGUUGUACCAGCAGCCAGCAUGUCGUGCUAUCAGAACUGUGAAGUGAAGCACACCACACCUCCUUUGUUUACCUUUUCUAUCUACUACAGUAUGUAUGUACCUUUUUGUCAUUGAA